AUGAGCGUUUGUCUCGAAACCAUUUUCGUAGAAAUUAUAGCUCGCCAUAAACAUCUGAAUUUGAUGAAAAUUUUACGAUAUUUUACGAUACGCCGGAAGCAAAUCGUUGAAUUUGUACCAAAGUUAUAUGCUUUACAAGAUGCCAAUCGUCCCGAUGAAACUGAAUGGUCGAAAGUGAAAGAACGAGAUGUUAGCAAAUUGUCGUAUACGUUCCUUUCUGCUGGCCAUGUUGCGGAUACACUAGCAUGUUUUAAGCCGUUUAGCAGAACAAAUCCGGAAAUGCCGUUGGUUUGUUGGUAUCCAUUAGAUUGGGAAAAUGAUGCUACAUCGUUUUGGAUCGUGUAUCCGUAUUCUGUCAUUUGUGCUUUCGUCAUCAUGGAACUGAAUAUAACACUCGAUUGUUUUUCGUAUUAUUUGAUGAAUACGUUGGCAACAGAAGUGCUCAUAAUAGGAAGAAGAUUGGAGGAAUUGGGGACAAACGCGAUUGGCGAUGAUAUCGAACUAGAGAAAUUGGUAGCCUGUAUUAAACGCCAUCAGCAUGCGAUGGACUUGAUCCAUGAAAUGGAAAACUUUUUAUCAAUUCAAUUCUUUGCCCAAAUCUGUUUGAGUGGAACGGUUUUCUGCACUGGUGUUUACCAGUUGACGAGUGUAAAAUUAUUAUGAAACAAAGGAUUUACUCCGCUAACUUUAUAAAACGACGACUGUUGAUAUUGCAGAUGAACAUAUUAGAGCACAUCUUCUCAUUUCUAUUUUGUGUCCUAUUCAUGUCAUGCAUAGCUACGGAAGUGUUUUCGUACACAUUCUUUGGAAACAG